AUGGGUGAACAACACAGAAUCGAAAGUCAAUUUAAUCGUGCUGAUUUAAAUCGUGAUGGUACAAUUGAUGAGCGAGAAUUUCGACAAUUUCUUGGACCAAUUAGAGAUGAAAGAAGAUUAUCUGGAAAUAUCAAUGAUCAAGAUAUUCAACGAAAUUUUCAUAUAUCUAAUGCAAGUCAAAUAAUAACAUAUCCUGUUGGUAUUGAUGUAGCUUUUGCUGGUUUUACACCAAAUCCAAUAGAUUAUGAAAAAUAUACGGGAGGUGCUAAUCCAUCAGGAGGUCAUGCAUAUGGUGUUGGUCCUGAUGUUGGUAUUGGUGCACCAAAUGUUGCUAGAAAAAGUAAUCAAUAUGAUCCAGCUGGUGCUAUGUUUAAUUAUGCUGAUGUUAAUCAUGAUGGAAGAAUUGAUAAAUCAGAAUUUGGUACAUUUAUGCGUUCAAUGUAA